UCAGCGUGGAGGUGGACUGAGGAUGAAUCGCUGUCAAGGUGCUCCAAAGUUUCCUUACAACAAUGUGACCUCUCAGGCUCAUACUAAGUACCAUGGCUUGUUAAACCAAGGGGCAACAUGUUACCUGAACAGUGUGCUGCAGGUGCUUUUCAUGACCGAAGACUUCAGAGAGGCUGUGGAAAGCUACACCGAUGAAAAUCCUGACACUCAGCUGAUAGAUCAUCAUCUUAAUGCCUUGUUCAGUGAUUUACAGAAGUCUACAGCACACACAUGUAAUAUAACGAGGACACUGGGCAUCGACAAAGUGUACGAACAGCGUGAUGCUGCCGAGUACUUAGAGAGGAUUUUGCGAAUGACCAGUGAAGGCGCAUCACAGAUCUUCCACGGACUGUUGUCACAGAAGACCACCUGUCGUAAUGCAUGUCAUGCAGACAUUGACAGAGAUGAGGCAUUUUGGUAUCUUCCUCUUGCGUUGGUGGAUUCCUGCAGUGACUGCUAUAGUGUGGUGGACGGCGUUAAGGAGUUUUUCAAGGUUUCCAUUUUCAGCGGAGAAGACCAGGUGUACUGCCGCACAUGUCGUGCGAAAGUUGAUGCUGAUACUAAAUAUGUAAUGAAGCAUCAUCCAGAGGUCUUGAUUUUGCUGCUGAAGAGGUUUGACUUCAGCUACCGUCACAUGUCAUAUGUCAAAAUCAACUGUGAUGUCGACGUUCCCUCCGUCAUACAGAUACCAGAGAGACAGACGUAUGAACUGUACGCAUUUGUGGACCAUUAUGGUGAUCUUAGAAGUGGACAUUACUCUGCGACAAUCAAGGAUGAAGGUGAAGACAGAUGGUAUAAGUUCAAUGACACCAGUGUCACAUUGUGUCAUGACCAGCCGUUCCAGUCGGAUGACACUAUGAG